AUGUAUCAGCUGACUGACGCUGGUCUCACAGAUGUCAAAUGCCCUUUCUUGCAUACGGUAGAUAUCAGCGGAUGUGCCAGAGUUACCAGCCUUGGAAUUCGUUUUCUUGUGCAACGAAAUCCGAAUAUUCAUUGCCUCUACCUUAACCAUUGCCGUUCACUCGAUGAUCAAGCUUUGUAUGAUAUCGCCUAUUAUGUCGGAGAACGAUUACGGAGUUUCGACGACUUUCCGCCCCCUGUUCAAUUCAAGAUUUAUGGCUUCAAUUUACGAGAUAUCGACCUAUAUGGUAAGUAUAAAGGGUACUCUUCUAGACACUAC